AUGCCCAAACUAGAGGGUGGCAUGGGUUUCCGGAACCUUCAUGAUUUCAACCUUGCAUUACUUGCUAAACAAAGCUGGAGAUUGCUUACAGAGCAAAAUUCUUUUUGGGCUUUGAUUAUGAAGAGCAGAUACUUCCCUUCUUGUAAUUUCCUUAAAGCUAGCAAAGGGGCUUGUGCUUCUUGGGCGUGGGCAAGCAUGCUAGAGGGCAGAGAAGUGAUCAUUAGGGGUUCUCAAUGGAAAAUUUUAAAUGGAACCAGAGUUAAGCUAUGGAUUGAUAAAUGGUUUCCUGUGUCGCUAGACGAUAUGCUCCAUCCUAUUAAUGAUGAGUUAGUAGACGAGAAUGCUUUUGUGUCUGAAAUUAUUAACCCCAUCACAAAGAGUUGGGACUUAUCAAAUCUUAAUGGUAGAAUCUCGGAUCAGGAUGCUUGA